UCCAACCUGCAGCUUCCCGGAUGACGAGUGACGUCAACGAGCCAUCUUUGUUCCUCUAAUCCGAGCAUCUAUUUUUUGUGUACAUAGUGACAGGAGCGAGUAGCGGCGGAGCGCCCUUAUUAUAAAGGAAAUAACAGCGAGGCGCGGCACGAAUAUAAGGCGCACAUCCCACACCGGUGGAAAAAACCUUUAAAAAAAUACAGGGAAUACCGUAUCACUGGAAUAACCUGGAGAGUGCAUUAUUUAUUCCGGAGAGGGGGGAAACGCCUGAAGCAGCGCGUUCAUUCGUACGCUUCUUGUAGACGCACACAAAGCCCGGUUCAAAAUGUCUGCACCAGCCCCUGGUGGUACCGCUGGCCCAGAUGGAGGUAACCAGCCUCCCAACCUCACCAGCAACCGUCGCUUACAGCAGACACAGGCUCAGGUGGAUGAGGUUGUGGAUAUUAUGCGUGUGAACGUAGACAAGGUCCUGGAGAGGGACCAAAAGCUGUCCGAAUUGGAUGAUCGGGCUGAUGCCCUACAGGCUGGAGCCUCACAGUUCGAGACCAGCGCUGCCAAGCUCAAGAAUAAAUACUGGUGGAAGAACGCCAAGAUGAUGAUCAUCCUGGGGGUGAUAUGCGUGAUUAUCCUCAUUAUUAUCAUCGUGUACUUCAGCACCUAAAGCGCGACGUUCCUACCCCACUCCGACCUCAAGAACGCCCGAUUCGAAGACAAAUCCCUCCAAAAAUGAUCCGAGAAAUGACUUCUCACAACAAUCGUAUUUAUUUGUCCUCAGUGAGUCUAAAUCUGUGCCCUUGCCCCCUCUGCCUCACAGCUGGACCCCUGUAACUUCUCAUCUGUCCUGUAAGUGGGUGUGUAGCCAUGUGUCCUCUGUAAAUACCUCUGGCUUUUCUGAAAUACUGUUCAUACUCCCGACUACUUGUGAGAGCACCGAUUGAUAAAACACAACCCUUAGAAUAUGAUAAGAUUAUACGGUAUAUAUUCGAAACGGUCUUUGUAGAGUUUUAUUCUGAUAUAAUGGUUUUUGUAGUUUGUGUGCGAGUGUGCAUUUGUAUAUUUUUUUAAGUUUUGUAAAACUUAUUUUGCUUUAGGUUUCAAACUACUGCCUCUUGAUCUGGGUGUUUGUAUAUUGCACGCUAUAUUUCUCUUACUCAAUGAGUAUUGGUGUGUUUUUGCACAAGUGACUCUUAACUCAAUAUUCCCAAUUUUUACUCUAUCUCUGACCCCUACACAUAACCCUCUUUCUUUCUUACUCUAUACAACGUAAACUGCCACAACAGAUCGGACCAAUGACUGUAGAUGUUUGUCUUAAUUUCGAUGUCUUUAGUGUCUUAUCUCUUAAACAUUCCUCGAUAGCAGUGCUGUCUAUAAAACACAUACAGUGUAAAGUAAGUGUGUUUAUCUUAAGAAAUUAAAACAACGUCCUAUAUGAACCGCACAAAGAAAAUCACACGGGUUUGUGAAGUCCAUCGCGCUGUACAUUCAAAGAAAAUGCUGAUAUCAAAAUUGGGUUAGCUUUUUAAAGGCCAGAGAAUCUCCAUACAAAUGAGUGUGGCUCCAACAAAAAAGGGGAAAUAUUACCAUGCACAGAAAGCUUGUUUUUUGAUGGCGCUUUUUAAUUGGUUAGACUGCAGGUGCGAUGCGAGAGAACCAUAUGUUGUGUUACUUUCUCACAUCAUAUCAACCUCUGUCAGAAGUACUGCCAAACCAAUGCAUGAAUUCAGCCGUCUGAAAGCACACUGGUUCGCUUUACUACGUUAUGGUUCUCUCUCUUAUAUAUAGAUACUGCCUUUAUAAACUAUAGAAAUAGAUUAUAUAUGUAUAUUUGUACGUGUGAUGCAGGCAGAUAUAGGGACCAGAUCUUUCUCUGUGUGCCUGUUUAUUAAGUUCAGCUGUAGUUUACACACUGCCGAGCACCUGAGGGGACGUUUUUUCUCUAUCUGAUUUUUCAUCGUGCCCUUGCCGGGUGCUAUUGUGCAUAUGCACGCCUCCAUCACCAUCACCCUUCAGUCUCACCCAACCAAUCUGUCGACAAGAAGCAAGCCAGGCAUGAAGUGUGCAUGUGAUCACCCCCACCUUCCAAGUUCAUCCGAUGUGUCGGUGUUUAACACCAUGCGCUCUAAUUUCCCGAAUAGCUUUUCUCCAUUUAUGCCUGCAUGUGUAGAUUUUGUUGAGGACCUCUGUAUUCGUGCUUCGGCCUAAAAGAUUAGACUGCUUAGACUUCUGCAGGUAUAGAAAGGAUGUUACCAUGGUAACUUGCUUAUAUGAACUGGAGGGAGGGUACAGAUUAGCUGAUUAAUUGUGACAGGAGGCGGAGCCACCACAAAGGGGGCGGUGCUAGAGCAACGAUCCCACUAAUGUGUUUUCAGUGAGCAUUAUCUGUCCGGCAAAGCUUGAGUGAAUUAUGACAUAGAUUUGAAUAUAGGAACUUACUGAAAUAUUUAGUUUAUAGGCUUUCUUUGCUUUCACAUUCUUUCAUUCAUCAAGAUUUUCUCUUUUUUAAAGGAGACAGCCUUAGUACAUUUUAUUAAUAUUUAUUAACUCCGAGUAAAAAUGACCAAAGACCAUGUUAUAUCUUGCUUAUACUGCCAACUGCCGUCAGAAACAGGUUAAUGGACAAAUCAUUCCCCUUUUCUCUAUAGGAUCUCUGGUUUUUAAAAAGCUCCUAUCAAAAGAAAAAAAAAAUCUCUCUGAAGUUACAGGUCUAUCUUUAUUUACUUGAAUAUUUUAUUAGAAAACAAUUUUAACAGGAAAAGUAAUUUUAAAUCCCAAUACAGCUGACCCGACAGAAAAUAAUAGCACAACGUUUUCGUUAACUCUGUCUCUAUAAUGCUCAGUAUGAAAUAUGUAAUGUAACACUUCUUUGCAGCUGUUUAAAGAUAAAAAAGACAAAAAACUGUACUGUUUCGUGUUGUAAAGUGGGGUUGGUGUGGGGGAAAGGGGGUCCUAUUUGAUCAAGGCAUUUAGUAAACAGAAUUAGAUCAAGAUCGGAAAAUUUUAAGCAAAAUGAUGUAUAAUAUUAUGCAAAUACAAAGAUUUUCCUCCGACAGUAUAACUAAUCCAUAAACUCACAAUGGGGUAGGACUCAAAAAUGUUGUUCACAAAUGUAAAGGAUUCUAACAGGGGAGGGAUAUUAAAAACACGCUUUUUCUUUUUGUGAGUGUAUGAAGACAUUUUCUGUUUCGUCUUGGCACUUUUGUUUCGUUCAGUAAUGUGUGGGUUGAGAGAGGCGGUGGGAGAAGUUUUGUCAUGCCAGCUUGUUAAAGACAUUGCAUCUUUUUAAUUGGAGGGAAACCAGAGAAGAUGCAAACCUUCACCAGACUGGCUCAAAAGCCACAGUGAUUUCUCCAUUACACGCAUCACACAGUUGUUUAGAUUUGAAGUUUUGUUUACUUUAAGCAGAAAUUAGUUAAGGCUUACGCUGAUGCUGUGUGGCACAGCUUUACUGUGCGUAGUCAAUUUUAUUUUUUAAAUAUUUAAUUUAAGAUAAGAACGGUGACCUACGAUAUCAAAGUAAUACUGGAAACUAAACCCUGCCUUAUUAAAGGUUAGCGUAUCCGAAGUUUUUCAGAAAGCUUGUACAGUGUAUGACUUAAACACCAACUUUACCUGGUUGCUAUCAGUUUAGAGAUGCACCAUCAACGAUAAACCGUUUGUUGAGUGUUUUUAGAAAAGAGAAAGAAUACGGGCAUAUUGCCAGAGGUUAAGCCCAUAUAAAGCUUUGCGCUGGUCUUGUAGAAAUGCAUUGAACCGAUAGCCAAGUUGUUGUAUUAAUUUAACAAUUUUCAUAUUUAUUUGAUUUUAUUUGAGGAGGAAAUGUUUAAGAUUGGUAUUACCCCUGUUCGUCUGGACUUUCUGGAGGGACUAGGAUGGAGGAUCAUGGGUAAUGCGGUCUUUACAAGAUUUGAUGUUUUUUAUUUAUUUAUUUAUUUAUUUAUUUGUCUUAUUAUUAAACAGAACCAUGUACAUUGUAACAGGGAAACAUUUGGUAACCAGACGUCCAUUAAAAAUCAGUUGUAGAGUUAAUCUGUCAAUGUCUACUAUAAGGAUGAACCUCUUGGGAAAAUAUAAAUAUAUAUAAAUAUACAUAUAUAUAUUGCAAAAAAGACAGUUAUGAUGACCUGUGUUUAUUGUUCCAACUUAGAAAUUAAAAUGUGUGUGUGUGUGUGUUUGAAAACAAUGACGACAUAAAAAAUAAAUAUAUAAUAAAAACGG